GCUGGGAAGCAACCCCGUUUAGGUCCGUGGAGAAGGGCCAGAGGGAGACACGCAGCUCACGGGGGAUCCGCCGCUGCUCACCCUCUUCGUCUCGGGACCCUGGCCCGGACUGAGGCCGCUUCACUUUCUUGCGCGGCCUCCGGGAGGAGCCGAGCGGCGCCUCCUGCCGGUUGCGCCCGCGGGCCGAGGAGCGGAGCCGCCGCCGCUCUCCCCACCCCAGGGAGGGGCCCGAGUCCGGCCGGGGGCGCCUCGCAGGCGCUUUAACCCCCCCCCCCCCCCCGCCCCCGCGUCCGGCGCGACGGCGGCAGCAGCAGCAGCAGCGGCGGCGGCGGCGGCUUCAGCCCGGGUCUCGGGAGCCAUCUUGUGAGCGAGGCCGCGCUGCCUACACGGCGGAGCCGGCGGCAGCCGCGGCCGGGUGACGGCCUGUCCCCCUCCCCCUCUCCGCGGGGCGGGGUUGAUGGGGCCCCCGGAGCCGGGGCGCCGAGGGGGGAGGCCGGGCUGGCGGUGACUCUCCGCCCGCCGGACGGAGCAGCCGCAGGAGCCGCCGCUCCCAGCAGGCGGCCGGGCACGGGGGGUCGGGGAGCCGCGCUCCGGCACGCAGGGGGCGGCCAUGGCCGGCGAGCCGCAGAAGAAGCCGCACCUGUCGGCCCUGGUGGGACACACCAACGGGCUCACCAAGCCCGCCUCGCUGGCGGCGGGAGCCCGGGCCGGGGGGGCCGCCGCCGCCGCCGCCGCCUCCAAGAAGCUCGUCAUCAAGAACUUCAGAGAAAGACCUAAAUUGCCUGAUAAUUACACACAGGACACGUGGCAGAAGCUUGAUGAAGCAGUGAGAGCGAUACAAAGUAGCACCUCCAUUAAAUACAACCUUGAAGAGCUCUACCAGGCUGUUGAAAACCUCUGUUCUUAUAAAGUGUCCCCUACACUGUACAAACAGCUCCGGCAAGUCUGUGAAGAUCAUGUGAAAGCACAAAUCCUUCAGUUCAGAGAAGAUUCUCUGGACAGUCUUUUAUUUUUAAAGAAGGUAAAUAAAUGCUGGCAAGAUCACUGCAGACAAAUGAUCAUGAUUAGAAGCAUUUUCUUAUUUUUGGAUCGUACAUACGUGCUUCAGAAUUCAUUGCUUCCUUCUAUAUGGGAUAUGGGGCUAGAGCUUUUUAGAAAGCACAUUAUUAGUGAUAAACUAGUUCAAAACAAGACCAUUGAUGGAAUCCUCCUACUGAUUGAACGGGAACGGAAUGGUGAAACUGUGGACAGAAGCCUGUUACGAAGUCUGUUAAGCAUGCUGUCUGAUCUACAGGUUUACAAAGAAUCAUUUGAACAAAAGUUUUUGGAGGAGACAAAUUGUUUAUAUGCAGCAGAGGGCCAAAGGUUAAUGCAAGAAAGAGAGGUCCCAGAAUAUCUUCACCAUGUUAACAAACGUUUAGAAGAAGAAGGAGACCGAGUAAUAACAUAUUUAGACCAUAGCACGCAGAAACUACUAAUUGCUUGUGUGGAGAAGCAACUACUAGGAGAACACUUAACAGCUAUUUUGCAAAAAGGACUUGAUAAUCUGCUUGAUGAAAACAGAAUAUCAGAUCUCACCCAGACAUACCAGCUCUUCAGCCGGGUAAAAGGUGGGCAGCAGAUCCUGUUGCAAAACUGGAGUGAAUACAUCAAGAACUUUGGGACAACUAUAGUGGUUAAUCCUGAAAAGGACAAGGAUAUGGUGCAAGAGCUACUAGAUUUUAAGGAUAAAGUGGACCAUAUCAUAGAAGCGUGCUUUCAGAAAAAUGAGAAAUUUAUAAACUUGAUGAAGGAAUCCUUUGAAACAUUUAUCAACAAGAGACCAAAUAAGCCUGCAGAAUUGAUAGCAAAACAUGUGGAUUCAAAAUUAAGAGCUGGAAAUAAAGAAGCAACAGAUGAAGAGCUGGAAAGAAUCCUUGACAAAAUCAUGAUAAUAUUCAGAUUCAUUCAUGGUAAAGAUGUGUUUGAGGCAUUUUAUAAGAAAGAUUUGGCCAAAAGACUGCUGGUUGGAAAAAGUGCAUCUGUAGAUGCUGAGAAGUCAAUGCUGUCAAAGCUUAAACAUGAAUGUGGUGCUGCUUUCACCAGUAAACUGGAGGGAAUGUUCAAGGAUAUGGAACUUUCAAAAGAUGUCAUGAUUCAGUUUAAGCAGUAUAUGCAGAACCAAAGUGAUCCAGGCAAUAUAGACCUGACGGUAAAUAUACUUACUAUGGGAUAUUGGCCAACGUACACACCAGUGGAAGUCCACUUAACUCCAGAGAUGGUUAAGCUUCAAGAGGUAUUUAAGACCUUUUAUCUUGGAAAACACAGUGGUCGAAAGCUUCAGUGGCAGACCACUUUAGGGCAUGCUGUCUUGAAAGCAGAAUUUAAGGAAGGAAAGAAAGAGUUUCAUGUGUCACUCUUCCAGACAUUAGUACUGCUUAUGUUUAAUGAAGGAGAUGAAUUUAUUUUUGAAGAAAUUAAAAUGGCUACUGGUGUAGAGGACAGUGAAUUGCGAAGAACCUUACAGAGUUUGGCCUGUGGGAAAGCACGGGUAUUGAUUAAAAAUCCAAAAGGCAAGGAUGUAGAAGAUGGAGACAAAUUCAUCUUUAAUGGUGACUUCAAGCAUAAAUUGUUUAGAAUAAAGAUCAACCAAAUACAGAUGAAAGAAACAGUUGAAGAACAAGUUAGCACAACUGAAAGAGUGUUUCAAGAUAGACAAUAUCAGAUUGAUGCUGCUAUUGUACGAAUAAUGAAGAUGAGAAAGACACUCUGCCAUAACCUUCUUGUUUCUGAAUUGUAUAAUCAGCUGAAAUUUCCAGUAAAGCCUGGAGACUUGAAAAAAAGGAUUGAAUCUCUCAUAGAUAGAGACUAUAUGGAGAGAGACAAAGACAACCCCAAUCAAUACCACUAUGUUGCAUAAUGGAGAGAACUUUUUUUUCU